AUGUGUGUUUUGGGGUGGUGGUCUCUCUCAGACCGGGGUGGUCCCUCUCAGAUCGGGGUGGUCUCUCUCAGACCGGGGUGGUCCCUCUCAGACCGGGGUGGUCUCUCUCAGACUGGGGUGGUGGUCUCUCUCAGACCGGGGUGGUCCCUCUCAGACCGGGGUGGUCUCUCUCAGACCGGGGUGGUGGUCCCUCUCAGACCGGGGUGGUGGUCUCUCUCAGACUGGGGUGGUGGUCUCUCUCAGACUGGGGUGGUGGUCCCUCUCAGACUGGGGUGGUGGUCCCUCUCAGACCGGGGUGGACCCUCUCAGACUGGGGUGGUGGUCUCUCUCAGACUGGGGUGGUGGUCCCUCUCAGACUGGGGUGGUGGUCCCUCUCAGAUCGGGCUCGUGGUCCCUCUCAGACCGGGGUGGUGGUUGAAUUGA